AUGCAGUCUGUAGUGUGCGCCGACGGUGAAGCCUACCUGCUGCCCUGUACCUCGGGCACGCGUUGCGUCAGUCACGCCAGCUUCGCCGGCGGCGUCUGCUACCCGGACACGUCCCUCAAGUCCUGUGGGUGCGACAAAGGUGACUACGUCUUACCGGACCCUUACAACCCUGCGGCCUUCCUUCUCUGCCAGUCCAAAGACAGCGAUCCCGAAGUGAUCAUCUGCUCUGAUGGCUACGACUUCGACCCCGACAGCAAGAUUUGCGUCGCUGCUCCUACUUUCCCUGCCUGUGUGGCCACCGGCAGUUUUGCUCUUCAGAACGCAUGUCGAUGGUUCUACACCUGCGUGCCGAACGGGUCGAGCGGCUGGCAGCAAGUGCACGGCAUCUGUCCCGGUCAACAGCAGAUGUACAGCCAGGUGUUGGGAAGGUGUGUCGACCCGGACGCCUUGCCCCAUGAGGACCCUUGUAGCAAGAGCGACAAGGUCAUCAUCCGCUACACCUGUUCCUUCUGGCAGCUGCUCUACCUUAUCUUCUUCCCGCACAAGAUUGCUUCCAUCUGUUACUUCUGA